AUGGUACUAGACGAAAACGCACAAAAACUGUUGACAGAAUUAAAACGAAAACGAGGCGUUGUUAAAGCUUCACUUACGCGCGUUCGAACAUUUAUUUCAAAAUUCGAUCCAUCCGAACAAGCUUUAUCACUACUGGAGUUCAGACAGGAAGAGCUUCCUCAAAUAAAUCGUAAGUUUGAUGGUAUUCAAUGCGAAAUUGAACUUAUUGAUUCUGAUGACACUGAAGAAGCUGAGUUGGAAAGGGAUAGAUUUGAAAGUGAAUAUUUUGCAAUACGAUCACAAAUCCAAGAAAUUAUCAAUCAAGAAAAGGGAUUAAAUACAACGGGCCACAAUCAAUCGUACGGUGGCACAUACGUUCCGGCUCGAGUUCAAUUAGCGCCAAUUCCUUUACCCAAGUUUGACGGCGAUAUUCAAAAGUGGUCGUCCUUUUAUGACGUCUUUAAAGCUAUGGUGCACAAUGAUGACGCAUACUCAGUUGCUCAAAAGUUCUUCUAUCUGCGUUCGUGUUUAGAAGGAUCAGCAUUGGAUUUAGUGCGCUCAAUUCCUGUUAGUGACGCCAAUUACGAAACUGUUGUCAGGCGGUUAAUACAAAGAUUUGACAAUCAAAGCCUGGUGAUACAGUCACAUAUUCAGUCCAUACUCGACUGUCCUCAAGUCGAAGAAGCAUCCUCUGAGACAAUAAACGAAUUAUACUCCUGUGUAUGUACUCAGGUUGCAGCUCUUAAGGCGUUAAAUCAACCAGUUGAGCAUUGGGACGCAUGGUUGAUAACAAUUGUAACUAGCCGUUUGGAUAAGGGGACCGCCCAUUCAUGGCUGCUGCACCAGAAAAACACUAAAUUGCCAAAAUAUUCAGACCUCGAAACAUUUCUUGCUAGUCGAUGUGUCGCAUUAGAAGCUUCAAGGACCCGAUCUAAGCCUACGGGGGGAGCGUCAACGAUCUCCAACGUUAAGAAGAGCAAUUUGGUGCCAAAAAGGUCCUUGGUAGUUUCCAGUGCAACAGAAUCAUGUCAUUGCUGUUCUGGAAAUCACAAGCUGUAUUUUUGUGACAAGUUCAAGGGAUUUUCAUUAGCUGAGCGUCUCUCAUUCGUGCGAAAAGAAUCACUCUGUUUCAAUUGCCUAUCACCUAGACACUUAUCUAAUGCAUGCAAGUCAAUUUAUACUUGUCGUUAUUGCAAACGAGGCCAUAACACAUUGUUGCAUUUUGAAAAGCCCAAAGAUGUGGCCAAGCCUAAGGCGGACGAUGGUACGGUUUCCUCUCCAAAUCAAAGCACUGCACUCUUAGCUGGUGAUGGCCGAGCUCAUGUUUUUCUUGCUACCGCUGUCAUUAUAGUUCUUGACAAAUUUGGAAAUAAAUGCCAAUGUCGAGUUAUACUCGACAGUGGCUCACAAAUUAAUUUCAUAUCUAAAAGAUUGGCAACCUUGCUACAAUUACCGGCAAGAAAGACCUGUUUACCAAUAAGUGGAAUAGGUGCAAAGCAAGUCCAAGCAGCAUCGUCCAUAAAUAUUAAGGUGUCAUCUCGAGGAGGAUGGAACAUACCAUCAGAGCUGAUUCCACAACUGGCAGAUCCAGAUUUUGACAAACAUCGGGCAGUUGAUCUUCUGAUAGGCGGUGGCAUAUUCUUUGAUAUUUUGGGCACUGAGCGACGGAUGCUUCUGCCUGCAGCCUUGUGCUUGCAAGAGAGCCAAUUUGGAUGGGUAGUAACUGGUGAAUUAGAGGCCACUUGUUUAUUAGGGAUCAACUCUGUGGGUGAAGCCCUUGAAGAAGAUUGGAAGGCAUUACUGCUAAGAGAGGAUUCAGGUUAUGGUCAGACAUCUAAGUCAAACUUGAAGAGUUUAGAGGAGACAGAGACUGUUCAGCAUUACCACGAAACUGCCAUGCGAAACGAAAAUGGACGUUUCGUUCUUCGUUUACCGGUCAAGGAAACCGUGCAUAAAUUGGGAAACAGUAUAACAAUGGCGACAUCACGGUUCUUUAGUGUUGAAAGACGACUGCAACGCGAUCAGCAUUUGCGCACGGAAUACAUCAAGUUCAUGCAGGAAUAUUUGGAUAUGGGACACAUGAAAUGCGUAUCUAAUGAAACAACAAUCCCGGACAGAUCAUACUAUUUACCACACCAUGCAGUGCUGAAGACAUCCAGUUUAACAACAAAACUUCGCGUAGUGUUUGACGCUUCAGCAAACAGUUCUUCCGGGUUAUCUUUAAAUGAUGUACUUAAGCGUGGUCCAACAGUGCAAGAAGAGUUAUUUGCUAUUUUGGCCCGUUUUAGGAAAUAUCAAUACGUGAUAACAUCAGACAUUGAAAAGAUGUUCAGACAGAUUGAAAUCUCAGAGCGAGACUGGGACCUACAACGAAUUUUAUGGAGAGCGGAUCCCAGCUAUGACGGGAAAUGGCAUGCACAGCUUUUGUGUUCAAAGACUCGAGUUGCUCCACUUAAAGGAGUGACUAUUCCUAGAUUGGAGCUUAAUGGAGCAGUACUGUUAGUGCAAUUAGCAUACAAGGUUGCAGAGUCAUGGAAAAUAAAUGUGCAAUCAUUUAAACUCUGGACAGAUUCCAUGAUUGUACUCGGUUGGCUGAAUAGUGAUUCUAGUAGAUUAAAGACAUACGUGGCUAACAGAGUCGUUCAAAUACUUGAGGUAUCGACUGCGGAGCAAUGGCGACAUGUGAGAACCGAUGAGAAUCCUGCAGACGUUGUCUCUAGAGGUCUAAGGCCACAGGACUUAGUCGACAACAACAUAUGGUGGACGGGCCCGAGCUGGCUUUCGGAAGACGAGAGUGGUUGGCCACGUAUCGCAAACGUAAGGAUGGCAGAGGACGACGUGCCUGAACUGCGAACAAUUCGGUUAGCUUUAACUGGCAUGAUAGUGCCAGAAAUGGACAUGCUACAACAUCAUUCGGAGUGGAGCCGAUUAAAAAGAGCAACCGCUUGGCUCUGGCGCUUCAUCGACUAUCAGUGGCCGCGAUUCUCAAAGGUUGUUCAUGAAACCAGUUAUCUAACGGUGAGUGAGUUGCGAAGAGCCGAGUCUUCAAUAUUGAGAAGAGUUCAGACAGAGGCUUUUCCGGAGGAACUUCGGGCGCUACAAAACGGAUGGACUCAUUCUGGUAGGAGGACGGUUGAAGAAUGCCAACAUACCUGA